AUGACUACCUUAAUUCAAGGGCUUGUAAAUAAGAGUGCAAAUAUUGACUAUCAAGGAGAUAGUGACGACAUCAACUUGACAAUGUCCAGCCCGCCAAUGUCAAUAGUGACAAACAUUUGUGAUGAGUUUUGCCCUAGCACAUUGGAACCAAUGCCAACGGGAGAACAUCUGUACCAGAGUGGUUCUGCAGAAAAUUCUGGGGGUGGAGUAGUUGGCGGUGGCGAGGAGCCUAAUUUGUUUAACUCCCAAUCGAUGGAAGAAAUGUGCUCAUUGCCAGUGGGAAGCCAAGUGGAAUCAGUUCCUCUGUUAGCUGACAGCGAACAACAACAUGAAAUUGUGUACUGCUCCUCCUCUGAUGAAGAUGAAAGCCAAGGGAGAAGUUGCUUUGAGGCACAGGGAAAGGUGAUCCCUGAGACACCUCCACACGCUUGUAAACCUACUGCUCCGCUGGUGCCUUACUGUCUUACCUCUGACAGUGAAGACGAGGGCAGUCCCAGUCCUCCUCGUAACUGUUUCCUUCCGAUGCGUAAUUGUUUUCUUUCGAGGUAUACACCUUCUUCGAUCAAACCAAGAUGGGGAGUGGAUGCCAACAAGGAUGCCACCAGGACUGGCGCCAAGGCCAACGCCGUGGAGGUCGCUGUCCCCGACGCAGUGGUGCAGUUGCAGGCUGCUGCCGCUACCGCCUGGGCUGACGCCGUCACAGUGAAGGUCCCUGUCCCCGACGCAGUGGUGCAGUUGCAGGCUGCUGCCGCUACCGCCAGGGCUGACGCCGUCACAGUGAAGGUCCCUGUCCCCGACGCAGUGGUGCAGUUGCAGGCUGCUGCCGCUACCGCCAGGGCUGACGCCGUCACAGUGAAGGUCCCUGUCCCCGACGCAGUGGUGCAGUUGCAGGCUGCUGCCGCUACCGCCAGGGCUGACGCCGUCACAGUGAAGGUCCCUGUCCCCGACGCCGUGGUGCAGUUGCAGGCUGCUGCCGCUACCGCCAAGACCGUCGCCAGGACCGACGCCACGGUCGACGCCGUCACAGUGAAGGUCGCUGUCGCCAACACGGUGGUGCCGAUGGAUCCACACAUAGAACCUGCUGCCGCUACCGUCAAUGUAAUGCGACGUAGGGCCAGGAAGGGCAAAGACUCGAGAAGGAGGCAGGAGGCCAAGGAGCCCAUGGCAGCGGACGUAGCCGGCGGUGGGGCCAGCGGUGCGUCUUCAUCCGCUUCAUCCUCAAAGCCGAGGCAGGAGGCCAAGGAGCCCAUGGCAGCGGACGUAGCCGACGGUGGGGCCAGCGGUGCGUCUUCAUCCGCUUCAUCCUCAAAGCCCAAAAAGCGGCCCAACAACCUCGAAAGGCGGAGACAGAGGAGAGCUAUGGAGGUCGAAGCAGCAAGGAAGGCGGCAGUGGUGGCGGCCGAAGACAAGAACACGACCAUCGAGAACGUCGCGACCGUGCAGACAGUCGAGGCCGUCCAGACCAGAGAGGACGUCCAGACAGUCGAGGUCGUCGGGGAAACCCUCGUCGACAUGUCCGGAACGGAGUCCGAAGAAGCCCCUCCCGUCAAGCGGGCACGAAGUAGCAUGGAGGAGACCCCCCCUGUACGAGCAUCUCGACGGCGAUCAGCUCGCCUGGCUACCUUACACCGUGUCCCAAGAAGAACGGAGAACUCACAAUGA